CAAAGACAUGCUUUUCACAGCUUUUAAACUUCCAUCCAUGUUCACUUUCCUUCCUGACACUUCACAAUAUAUCAACUAAUAGCUAUAAUAAAUGUUUCUAUUUGAAACUCCUGGAGGACAACCAAUGAAAUACAAAUCUCUGCAGGUCACAUGGUGGAGACAAACUGGCUCCUUGUCAGGAAACUCAGCAAUGAGCAUGCCAAUGAAAAUACCAUAUUUUCUUCUCAUGAUAAAGCGGCCGCGUCCAGCGGAGGGCUUCCCCACGUCCCCCCUGGUGGACACGUGAAUGAACAGAGUCAGGUUUCUGGAUCGCUUCUCUCCAGAUGAACGGUGGGGGGAAUUAGCACGAGGAUUGCCGCGGGAGGGAGGUAGCUGCCUCACAGAGCCUUCUUAAUGUGAGGAGAUUACAGCGGAGCGUGGUGAAGAGGACUCCUCCAUCCAAAAACAAUGAGCAGAGUUAGUUUCUUUGAGGUGGAGAUACUGGACCCCAAAUCUAAGAGGCAGCUCUGCUUUUUGGACAAGGUGGAACCCCAUGCCACAAUUGGUGAUAUCAAGAAUCUAUUUCAUAAAUCCUACCCCCAGUGGUACCCGGCCAGACAGUCUCUCUGGAUUGACCCGAAGGGAAAACCACUGAAAGACGAUGAAAUACUACAAAAUCUACCGGUUGGGACCACUGCAACAAUGUACUUUAAAGAUCUUGGUCCACAGUUAGGGUGGACUAUGGUGUUUUUGGCAGAGUACGUUGGCCCUCUCUUUAUUUAUCUGCUGUUCUAUUUCCGUGUCCCGUACAUCUACCGACACAAGUACGUCUUUACAUCCAGCCCCCAUCCGGUGGUCACUCUGGCCUGUGUGUGCCAUUCAUUCCACUACAGCAAGAGGCUCAUUGAAACCAUAUUUGUGCACCGUUUUUCCCACGGUACCAUGCCGCUGCGCACUAUCGCACGGAACUGUGUGUACUACUGGGGAUUUGCUGCAUGGCUGGCGUAUUACAUAAAUCAUCCUCUUUACACACCACCAUCCUAUGGGGACAUUCAAGUAAACUAUGCACUGGCCAUGUUUGUGGUCUGUGAAGUGGGUAACUUCUCAAUACAUCUGGCUCUCAAUAGCCUUAAAUCUGAGGGGUCCAGAUCGAGAAUGAUUCCAUACCCAACGAAGAAUCCAUUCACCUGGCUCUUCUUCUUUGUGUCCUGUCCGAAUUACACAUAUGAGGUGGGAGCCUGGCUGAGCUUCACAGUCAUGACCCAGUGUGUUCCAGUGGCCCUGUUCACCUUCGUGGGCUUCAUCCAGAUGACGAUCUGGGCAAAAGGAAAGCACAGCACCUACAGCAGAGAGUUUAAGGACUACCCCCACUUCAGGAUGCCCAUCAUUCCAUUCUUUCUCUGAGGAGAUGCCAGGGAUCGUGUGGCGGUCAGCCAGUUGGGCUGGGAGACAGCAGAGGCCCUUCGUCUGAACCAGCUUCGGCUUAGAGAGCUGCAAUCUCUUCUCUGUAGCAUGGUGAAAGUCUUCUUCGCUAUUGCUGUGCACUCCAUAUGCAACUGUAGUUGAGUCCAGAGUGAGGCAGGUAAGAGUCCUGCAGGUUUCACAGACCUUUAGUAACUGAUGUUGGCAAUGAGUGAACCCAGUGUUAAUGAGUGAACCGAAGUCCUACUUCAACAGACUUACAUUCUCCAAUUAGAUCUAUGGAACAAAGGACCUAUCAGCCCUCGAGGAUAGGGGUUUUCUUUAACACGAGAACUUAAAGGUGACAAAUAUAGAAUUUUCUGGUUAUUUAUGACUAGGUUGUGGUGGUUUUUGGGGAAAAAGAUGAUGCUUACCAGAAGGUUUGUCUUACAAAAUAGCUUACUUAAAUUACUUGUCAUUCCUGUACGCCAUCUGUUAUGUAAAAAUAUGUGAAACCUAAAAUUUGUUUUAAACCUGAAAUAUAUGCAAACACCAAAAGGGGGAAACUACAUCUAAUGAAGUGUAAAUACCUUUGGGGUGUGAUCAAGGUAUUCAGAUGAGCUGAAUGUCUACUAUCAGAUCUCUGUCAAGGGCUUUGCAGAUUGUGGACUGCACGGAGGGAUUAACUGUUCUUUACUGAAAAGUGUGUGUCAUAUUUCAAAAAAUAUGAACCUAUUCAGAACCUAUGUACAAGUUAGACAAAUUUUGGGAAGUUUUGUGAUUCUAAUGGACACGAAUAUACAGUCCUACAACAUAUGAACAGGGUAAAGAUUAUAGCAUUAAUAUCAAGCUGUGGAAUACCAGCUAUCUUUUUCAUUCAACCACAAUAUUCAAGCUGUAAUGUUCAUAACAUUAGCUAGCUAUGCAAUAGUGAAGGGAUUCCACUGUACGGGUAACUUUCUUAAAGAAACACUGAUCUGUGCCCAUCUUAUAGAAGACUCAAGUGUUCGCAUUAGAGUACAAUAAGAUCAAUAAUAAACAUCUAAGAACUACAUCGUACUCA